AUACCGCAAAAAAAAAAAAAAAAAAAAAGAGAGAUCAUCCAAAGGUUAACUAGGAGGUGGAAUGAGGGUGCAUCGGAGGGUUUUAUUUGUUGUACUUUUAGAAAAGUAUUCUAUAAUUUUCUAUAUUUUCCAGGCUGCCUGUGUAUCCUCAGCGUCUUUAGGCUUCAUUCAAUCUGGGUUAACACUGGAGUCUCACUAGCUUGUCAGACUCCCUCCCACGUCUAGUUAGGACCUUAGUUUUCAAGGUUCUCCCUCCCCACCUCCUGAAAGUGUUUCUGGAAAAUCUCCAGAGGGUCUCCAGAGGCCAGCAGUUGGUCCUGACCUGGGCUGGCCCCUGCUCUCUUCCACUCUCUCAAACUCCACUUGACUUCACAGGGGCUGGCAGCUACCCUGACCGCCUGAUCCCAGCACCUCUCAACUCUGCCCUGUCCUGUCCCCAGCCUCAGCCUCCAGGGCCUCAGCCCUUUCAUGCUGAGACAGCUUCCAACUGCUGUGAAGUAAGAUGACAAGUUGCUCCCUCCCUUCUGUGUCAUGCACAUUGUUUGGUCCCAACAGGUUACGAAAAUCAGUUAAGCCUGUUUAUUCAGUUUCAUCAAGUCAACGCCUGGCCAAGGCACACCCAGUCCUGCUGGGCUGGGAAAUGGCAAAUCCAACUGUUCUUCCUGGAACUACCCUCAGGCCUCGUUGGUGAAUCCAGCUCUUCUUCCCUGAUCCUCCCCUCAGUUUGCUAGACAGGCUCUUCUAUUUCUAAAUUGAGUUCCUUCCUUGGAAAGGCUUUUUAAGCUCACAUAAAUUGCAGAUGAAAAUUAAUGUCUACAGUAGAAGAACAUGGAGGUGGGUAGGAUCAAAGGAAUGGUGUCUAAUUUCAUCGCCAGUCAUAACUCAGGUGGUCCCAGCUGUCACCCCCACUACAUCUACUAGGCGAAUGUUUUACUCUUGGAAUUUUAAAAAGGAAGAAAGAAAAGAAACAUUUACCUAAAAGUAAAUGAAUGCUCUAUUCCAGAGUGUGGGGAAGGAAUUAAUUAUCUCAGGUUUGUCACUUUUAUGCUUGAGAGACCUGAUCAAACGUCCAGGGAGUACAUGGCUGACAGUACAGACCUGCAUGAUUCUGGCUGAAAGCUCUCGUAAAUAUUUAAGUUAUUUUGAUUUGGAAUGAGAUCAUCUUUCUAUAGGAGGGAGCAGAUCAUCGUUAAGUUUGAUCUUUCCUUCAAGCUUUGAAGUCCCCUAAGUUCAAAUAACAGAUGAAAAUGGCUAUUUUCCCAUUUAUUUCCCCAGAGAAAGGCAAUUCAAUGGACUUGUAGAGAGAAAUAACAUCUCCUGAAUCCCAGUUGUUAAAAAUGAAAACAGGAAAAAAAAAAAAUCUGACCUUGCAUGAACAUCCUGUUUUUCUUCGUAAGAUUAAUCAGUUGUCAUUCUAGAGUGCUCUGGGUGGUUUGGGGUGUGUGUGUGUGGGUGUGGGUGUGUGUGUGGGUGUGUGUGUAACAUCAAGCACAGACUUUGUUGGCAAGGAUCUAGCCAUUGUAAAUGUUUACCCUCAAUCAGAAGAAGGGAGCAAACCUUCAAAUGGUGUUUCGAGUCUCUGCAGGUAAAUCCCUAGCUGGUGUGGACAUUCAAACGUCUAGUGGUAACGUAGUCUGGCUUCUGCCGUCCAGAGGAGUAGAAAUCACAACAAUAACUAGAAUCUACUAAGACAAUCAAAGCUCAGAUGAAGAAACAGAACAUUACCUGCACCCUAAAGGCUUUGGCUAAUUUUUUAUUUAGGAUCCUGGAAUGUAAACAAACUCCACUGCCUACUUUGUACCUGGUGGGUUUCUAGCUGUAGGAUGGGAGUCACGCUAUGUCAGAGCUGGAAGGAACCUCAAAGAUCACCACAGUGAGCCAGCUCAAAUGCAGAUGAAGAAGAGAUGUCGAAGAGUAGAAGCAAUUUGUUGAGGGACAUACGACUGCUCAAGGGCAGGGGCAGCAAAGGGCAUUGUGACCCUGGAUGCCUGGCCCACACCUGUUUCCCUUCCACCACAUCGAACUGCUUACCUUUAUUCAAAGGACAAAGGACUGCAUGCUUACUUUUACUUCAGGCAAUGAGCUUUUCCAAGAUGCAGGACAAGUACUCCAAAAGUGGCAUAGCUUGCUUCUUAAAGGACGAUGACAGUUCUUGGGAUGCCAGUGAUGACGAGAGUAUGAUCAACCCCUGCUGGCAUGUGAAGUGGCAACUCCGUCAAUUUGUUAGAAAGAUCAUUUUGAGAACCUAUGAGGAAACCAUUCCUUCAAUUCCAGAAAAGCAACAAAAUAUUCUUCACCUAGAAAGAGAAAAAGGUCCUCAGAGGGUAGCUGCUCACAUAACUGGGACCAAUCGGAAAAGCACAUUCUCAGUUCUAAGCUCCAAGAAUCAAAAAGCUUUGGGCCAGAAAAUAAAUUCCUGGGAGUCGUCAAGAAAAGGACAUUCAUUCUUGAAUAAUUUGCACUUGAGGAAUGGAGAGCUGGUUAUCCACCAAACAGGGUUUUAUUACAUCUAUUCCCAAACAUACUUUCGAUUUCAGGAAACUGAGGAGGUUUUGGGAACAGUUUCAACAGAAGAGAACAGAAAGAAAAACAAACAAAUGGUACAAUAUAUUUACAAAUGCACGAGCUAUCCUGACCCCAUACUGCUGAUGAAAAGUGCUAGAAAUAGUUGUUGGUCUAAAGAUUCAGAAUAUGGACUCUAUUCCAUCUAUCAAGGUGGAAUAUUUGAGCUCAAGGAAAAUGAUCGAAUUUUUGUCUCUGUCACUAAUGAGCAAUUGAUUGACAUGGACCAAGAAGCCAGUUUUUUCGGGGCCUUUUUAAUUGGCUAAAUGAUCUGCAAAGAAAAAACAGUGCCCCCAGAGAGACCUUUCACUUUUCAGAGUGAUACACUGUGAAAAGACUGCAAAAGAGCUGACAAAAUAGGGCAGCCUGAGCAGAGCAGCCUCAAUCACGAGACUCUACAACACAAGCUUUUUUGGUAUCUCUGAAAAGUGACCAACGUACUCCAAGACAGAGAAACUGACAAAAGACCUUCUGAGACUCUACCUGAUAUCAGCUUGCUAGCAGAAAUCUAGAAGGUUCUCAGUUUACAAACAUUUGCGUAGCAAUUAACGUCUUCCGCCUUAACCGUCUACUCUUGCGAAGAUACCAGAAGACUGAAAGUUCACGGUCAGGGUAUGCAGUGUGCCAGGGGAGUUGGUGCAGUGUGGGGCCUUGUGGGAGUUGUCCUGUACCCUCGUACUCUUGGAAGUAAAAAAAUUCCAUUCGAAAUCGUAUCAUUUCACUAAACAAAUUAAAGUUAUGUUUAGUGAACAAGGAACUAUUUUCAGUUGGCCAAAAAGUUCGUUCGGGUUUUAUGUAAUCAUAUGUAAAAAUCCGAACGAACUUUUUGGCCAACCCGAUAUUUCUGAAUGGCUUGUGCUUUUCAUUCCCAGAAGUCAGGCUGACCGAAAGCACUGAAGGUAUUUUUGAUACAAGACUCUAAAAUGAAUGAUAAGCUAAUCAGAAAUCGGGAAUUUGGCCCCUUGUGAGCAGGAGAACUGGGAAAGUGGGGAAAAAAAAAAAAGAACUGUUUGAUAGUGUAACUUAAGGAUGGGCAAGAAUUAAUUAUGACUUUAUAUUUUUAUACUAAAAUUUAAAAAUACAUGUUUCUUUUUCAAUAAAAAUGACGUUAAAAUAUGUA